AUGUUACCCCUUACCUUGAAAACAUACAGGCCGAUGUUAAAGCCGGGAAUGUUGAACUUAGGAAGAUCACUACGUUUGAUACCGGACUGGUCUAAAUUUAAACCAAUAGAACAACCAGCCGGAUUUGUUGUCGAAACAGUCAAUGAAGCAUAUAAACCACCAGCGCCAAAUGCCUAUGAGGGUUCAAAUCAUUGGAUCUAUGACAGAAUCAUCACUACAGCAAUGAUCCCGUUGGUAAUGACACCCUUUGUCGCCGGUGUAGAUUACCCUGUUAUUGAUGCUACAUUUUCCACGUUGUUGUUAAUCCAUUGCCAUGCGGGUUUCAAGAGUUGUAUAAUAGAUUAUAUACCGAAAAGAGUCUAUGGUAUAUGGUACGGAGCCGCGUGUAAAUUAUUGACCUUGGGUACAUGCGUGGCCAUGUAUGGAAUAUACGUCUUAGAAACAGCAAACAAUGGACUAUUCGAGUUGAUAAAGAGCAUUUGGGCGGUAUAG